AUGGACGGAGCAACGAAGGUUCGGCGUUCGGCUUCGCAAGUCGAUGUGGUCGAUGGGAACAACAGAGAAGGUGUGGAUGGCGCUCUGGUCGAUGGGAACAGUAGGUACGACUAUGGCAGUACCUUGGAGUAUGACACUGUGGAUGGCGAAUAUGGUGGUUGGGUUAUAUCGUGCUUGACUGUAGCUGAUGAGAUCGUUGGAUCACUUCGUACUGGCAAUAUCGGUCCAUUUCAUGUUGGUUAGAUCGCAAUUUGUUAUCGUUUUCGACUGUGCUGGUGAGUGAGUCUUCCAUUAUCAUGUAAUAAUUCGAAUCAAUUCUUGAUUGGCGGGGUUUCUGCUAAUUUUGCUCUAAGUAAUAUGCCCUUUAGGUAUGCAUAAUUUGUAAUCAAAUCCUAUGAUAAUGACGAUGGUAUGGUUAGGUUUUUUCUUCAAUUAA